AUUCAUGUUAAUACGAUACACUCGCUUUCAACGCUUCCGUAACUUAACGUUUUCGUGUUAGUAUGAUGCAUAGGUUUUAUUUGGGGAUGAGGGAGUGAAACAAAUCCUGUCUCAAUUCAAUACGAUGUCUUCUGACAGUACUACACAAUGCAACAAUGCCAGCAAUGGAUGUCACCGCCGUAGUUGGUGGAUGCAGCACGGGCGUCGCCGUGAUGUUGCUGGUUCUGCUUUUGGUUCUUAUUGUCCUCUGCCGCAACCGAUGUAGAUGUUGCACACGACGACAGAGACAAACAAAGGACAUUGUCGAAGAACAGCCGGCGACAAGAGAAAGUGUCCAUGAGUACAUGGAACUGUUCAGCGGAGAUCACUACGAUCACGUCUAUCUGCCACAACCUUGCCCUGAGGUUGGAACGGACGGCUAUCUCACAGCUUCUCCAUCUACUGGGUGUGGUCAAUAUACAAUGCGUAGUGACAAUCAAUACCAAGAAAACGAAACAGACAACACAAAAGUUUCGACGCUCGAAAGGAAAGCUAGGCUGCGGCUGCAAUAGUCGCCUCCCUCGCAAGGCUCCAGAGGUAGAAGACCAGCAGCUACCCACAGGACAAGUUCACGAAUACUCAAAGCUGGGAGUCGGGCGACGUCGUCACAAGUAUGACUACCCAACCGAGCCCAUUGAAGGAAUGUGUCGCCCUUACGCCGAAAAUGACAUUGCAUUGAAGACCGAUUUGAAAUCUGCCUUCUCGGCUAGUCAGGGUAUAAUAUGCAAAGUCUCCAGCAGAGAUGACCUCAAUGACGAUGCUUUUACUGAUGUUGAUGACGAUGAGGGCACUGAGACUGAAGUCAUGAAUCUAACCAAGGGCGUCAGUGUGAGAAUUAAAGAUGGACGAUUUCACAAAAUUGUUGACAUUCAGUUUGAGUGACUUUUUCAAGACGGUUUGCAGGUUUGUGUUCAUAUGUUCUAACAUUCGAGAUGAAAACCUCGUUUACCCGAACUCUGUUGUAUAAUAUUAUUAUUUCAUUAUAUCAUUAUUACAGCUCCUUUGAAAUCACGAAUACGGGCGUCAUGAUGAAAUGGCGGCCCAAGGGCUUGUGUACAGAUCACAUGUCGUAAAUCGUAAAUGUUAUUAAGUGCCAGAUGUGAAGUAUAGUAUAUGUUUGAAUUGGAAAUAUAGCUGAGGUUUCUUCCUAUUAUUAGUAUAUAAUGUUUGUAAACAUGAUUUAGUUCCGAGUAGUAAAUGUUCCGGUUCGGAAUAAAUGCCGUGAAAUUGAGAAUGGAUGACACGAAUAAAAAUUCCGCACAUAC